ACAUUAAUAAUUCAAUCAAGACGAGGACGCGAAAAAAAUUCCCCUGAAAAUACCGUCAUACACACGCUGACUGUGAAGGGAAGGAGGAGGAGGAAGAGGAGGAGGAAACACCGCUGCACUGGACCGUGGAGUGAUGAUGAUGAUGAUGCUAGCCACGGCCUGAUGUUCUCCCCCGCUGAUUCACAAGAAGUGGAGGACCGCUGCUGGUGAGGAUUAUCCCGGAGACUGGAGGCAGGAAGAUAGGGAGGAGAGGAGGAGGAGGAGCAGCAGGGGCAGGGGAGGAAGCAGCGAGCAUCAUCCGGAGAGAGGAGCGUUUUCUGAGCGUCGUGGAGAAUUUUUUUCAGGAUAUUGGAUAUUGUACACAUUUAGAGUGCGAUUUUCUUGUACAACACGUUUAUUUUCAGUGGAUAUUGGCCUUCAGGAAGCAAGCCAGUUGAUGAUUGUUCCAGAAUCGAAGGCAGAUGAGAUCCAACACUACAACUGAGUGAGAAUCAGCCGUUUUUUCUCCUUCUUAUUUCUGUCUCGUUGUGGGUAGGACCAUAUUGGACGCUUGAUAGUCGAGGGUUGGACGGAAAGAGAAGAAGAUGUCGGGUCAGACACUGACGGACCGCAUCGCCGCGGCACAGUACAGCCUGACGGGAUCCGAGGUGGCCCGAGCUGUGUGCAAGGCCACCACACAUGAACAGACUGCUCCAAAGAAGAAGCACCUGGAGUACCUGAUCCAGGCAACCCAGGAGACCACCGUGAAUGUGCCGCAGAUGGCCGACACGCUGCUGGAGAGGGUCGGCAAUGCCAGCUGGGUGGUGGUUUUCAAAGCCCUGAUCACUACACACCACCUCAUGGUGCAUGGAAAUGAGAAAUUCGUGCAGUUCCUGGCAUCUCGAAACACCUUGUUCAAUCUCAGCAACUUCCUGGAUAAAACAGGCUCCCAUGGCUACGACAUGUCCACAUUUAUCAGACGCUACGGCCGCUAUCUCAAUGAGAAGGCCUUCGCCUACAGACAGAUGUCUUUUGACUUUGGACGAGUCAAGAAAGGAGCUGAGGGAGUAAUGAGGACCAUGUCAGUAGAGAAGCUGCUGAAAGGAAUGCCAACCCUGCAGAGCCAGAUUGACGCACUGCUGGAUUUCGAUGUUCAUCAAAAGGACCUGAACCAUGGAGUGAUAAACGCCUGCUUUCUUCUACUCUUCAAAGAUCUAAUCAAGUUAUAUGCCUGCUACAAUGACGGCAUCAUUAACCUGCUAGAAAAAUUUUUCCAGAUGAAGAGAAGCCAGUGUAAAGACGGGCUGGAGAUCUACAAGAGAUUCCUGACACGAAUGACUCGGGUUUCUGAGUUCUUCAAGCUUGCUGAGCAAGUGGGAAUAGACAAAAAUGACAUACCCGAACUCACUCAGGCCCCAGAAAGUCUUCUGGAGUCCCUGGAGACCCACCUCAACACUCUGGAGGGGAAGAAACCGUCGCCCACUAAGCAGGAAGAAACGGCCAACAACAGCACACCAGCUGCUGCUGCCACUGCUGCCACUGCUGCCACUGCUGCUGCACCACCGUCCAAGCCUGCUCCUCCUGUGCCCGGCGGGCCCCCUGCUCGCCCCGGGCCACCCGCCAAACCUCCUCCACCCGUCAUUCCUUCCAGUGCACCAACCCCUGCUGCUGCUGCUGCUGCCACCAUCACCAGCAGCAGCAAUGCCCUGGAUGAUGGGUUCCUGUUGGAUCUAGACCCGAUUUCCUCCUCAACAACAGGGGGCACUGCAGCCGCUUCCUCCACGACUGGAUGGGGAGAUCUCUUGGCAGAGGCCCCAGUUGCCUCUGAUGGAGCUUCUGCAGCUCUCCUGGCGGAGGGAGAGUCUACUGAUGCUGAUUCUGAUGCUGACGUUGCUGCCGCUGCACCCGUAGCUGCCGCUGCUCCUGCCGCUCAGGCUGCACCAGUGCCCACCUCUCUGCCCAUCUCCACUCCUGCCACAACCUCCGCCGCUGAAAUCGACCUUUUCGGAGAUGCGUUUGCACCCUCCCCAGGAGACGGUCCUGCCGUUGUGGCUGCGGGCCCCGCUGCUGAUGCAUUUGGUGGAUCUGACCCCUUUGCUGCGACGGAGGGGAGUGCAGACUUUGCUCCAGGGCUGGACCUGUUCGCUAUGAGACCCACUGACACGGGUGCCCCCGCCACUGCUGCCGCCAACACCCCUACCACCUCCUCUAGUGAGGCGCCGACCAUCGUCGCUCCCAUCGUUGCCCCCACCCCUUCUUCCACCACCACCACUGACAACACAACCACCACCACAGAGUCUGCAGCCGCCCCGACUCUAGAUAUCUUUGGGGAUAUGUUUGAUUCUAUGCCUGCGCAAAGCCCCACCACAGAAUCCAAAGCUGCUACCACUCCUAGCGUAGACCUUUUUGGUGCAGACCUUCCUGCUGUUUCACGCGGGCCCUCUCCUUUGCCCGAGCCGGCUCCGGCUGGAGACAUUGUGACUGACUCGUUUACAACUCCUGCUCCCGCUGCUCCCUCUGCUCCCGCUGCAGCUCCUGCUGCGGCUCCUGCUGCAGCUCCAGCUACAGGCGCCUCAUCUCCACCUAAAGCAGAGCCUGCACCAGUCAUUGACUUACUGGACUCCUUCAGCAGCCCCGUGGAAGAGAAGCAGAGCUCCGCUCCUGGAGGACCUGGAGACGACCUGCUGGGAGGACUGAUGUCUCCCACCCUGGCUCCCACUGCAGCACCUCCUCUGGCUCCCUUGGCUCCGGCCCGAGCCUCAGCUCUGGUGCAGGGCGACCUCUUGGAGUCAGGUUUUGACGCUCUGGGCUCGCUGCCAUCACCAACACCACUAGUACCUGCUGCAGUUCCAGAACCUGCAACCACCACACCAGCGCCCUCUGGUGGCUUUGAUGCUUUAAUGUUUGAUGGAUUAGGCGACUUGCUGAUGCCUGCAGUAACGCCCCAGAGCACCGGGGGCAGCACAACUGGAAGCACAGCAGGAAGCAUGGGAACUCCUGUCGCAGCAGGUGGAUUGGCAGCUGCUUCACCGGCCCUCAAAGCCAUUGGAGGAGAUCUGGACUCGUCACUGGCAAACCUGAUCGGAGACCUUGGAGUUAAGAAAAAGGAUCCACAAAGUGAGAAGAAGCUGACUGGAGGAGCCAACUGGAUGCCAAAGGUCGCUCCAACCAGCUGGGCUACAGCUGGAGCCCCCAUGGCCGGUGCCACACCUGGAGCUCCUGGGGCACCACCUGCUGUAGCCAUGGUGCCACCAAUGAGCGUACAGCCUGGCUUUGGCAUGCCUCCAGCAGGUGGACCUGGAGCUCCCAUGAUGCAACCCCUGAUGGGGCAGCCCAUGAUGGCACAGCCAAUGAUGAGACCUGUAACAGGAGCACCGAUUUCUCCAGGACCUGCGAGUCAGAGUCCUAAGAAACCCAAGGACCCUCUGGCAGAACUCGACCUCAAGGACUUCUUAUAAUGCCCCAGCUUUCCUUCAUCUCUGGAGCAGCAGGAAGGGCCCUCUCAGCUUUUUUUUUACCUGGUGUCUAUCAACAUCUCAGGAUGCCAGUGAUGUGCAGCUUCUCAAACCGUACUACAGUAUCUUCUCUCCACCCCCAACCCAUCAAUUUCACCCCCCCCCCCCCCCCC